AUGUUGAGUAAUAAGCCUAUAAUUGUCAAAGUAUGGUCGGCUGAUUUUGAUUUCACUAAAGAGGUUCUCCAAACAAUACCAGUAUGGGUGAAAUAUCCCAACUUGCCUUUGAAUUGCUGGGGACAAAAGUCACUUAGUAGGAUCAGCAGUGGAGCGGGAGUUCCUCUUUAUGCAGAUGCCUGUACUACUCAAAUAGAUAGGAUCUCAUACGCAAGGGUGCUUGUUGAAAUGGAUGUGACAAAGGAGCUUCCUACAUCUAUUAAAGUGACUGAUCCUAAUGGUAGGGAGUUUAUGCAGGAAAUAGCAUAUGAUUGGGUACCUGAGUUCUGUACUAAAUGCAUAAAAGUUGGCCAUCAAUGUAGAGUGGUUGAUCAAAGUGGUCUAAAAGGGAAGAGUAAGUAUGUAAAUCAGAAGCAGGAAUGGCAGCCCAAACUGAUCUCCAAAGUACAGGAACCAGCUAAGGAACAAGUGCAGUUAAAGGAAAUCAUAACGAAGAAGAAUGCUAGUACUAAUGCAGCAAUGGCAAGUACUAGUGCAGGAAGUACAGGAAAUGAAAGAGGACAUGAGGAGCAAAGGUGUCAGACUAUUAUAGGGAAACCAAUAACUAGAAGUAGAGAAAGACAAUCAACUGAUGUAGUGAGUGUCAUCAAUGGAUUUAAUCUCCUUGCAGAGUCAAACUUACAGUUAGUUAUGCCAAGACAGAUAGAGGGAGGAGCAGGAAGACAACAGGGUGAUACUGGGCAAGAAGAUACUUUACAACCCCUUUUUAUACCUAAGGCUGAACAAGUUAUAAGGAAAAUUACUCCUGGAUGGGCAUAUCUUGACAAUUAUGAACACAGUAGCAAAGAAAGAAUAUGGUUGCUUUGGGACACAAAUGAAAUAGAAUGCAAAGAGGUGAGUAGUACUGCUCAGACUAUCCACACUGUAGUCUAUAUUAGGAGAUUGGAUAUGAGAUUUACAUUCACAGCUGUGUAUGGCUUGCAUAGUAUUGAAGAUAGAAGAAGUAUGUGGAGUGAACUGACUAGGCUGCACUCAAUACAACAAGGACCAUGGUUGAUCAUGGGAGAUUAUAAUGCUAUUAGAUCAAUUGAAGAUAGGCCAGUUGGGAAUACUGUACAGGAUCAGGAAGUAAGAGACUUCAAUGAAUUUAUAGAAGAUACUGGAGUGACAGAAAUGAAGACUAAUGGAAGGAAAUUUACAUGGACAAAUGGACAUACCUAUAGCAAAAUUGACAGAGCCCUGAUCAAUGCUGAUUGGAUGCUGGUAACGGCUCAAAUGGAGGUAUUGGUUAUGGACCCUCACUGUUCUGAUCAUUCACCAUUGAGCAUAACUCUGGAGGAGGAGGAAGAUUUCAGCCCCAAGCCUUUCAAAUUCCUCAAUCACCUAGCUGAGCAUGAUGAUUUCGUAAAGAUAGUUAAGGAAGCAUGGGAGAGGCCAUAG